GUCAGAUUCAGGUUGCUGUUGUCUCACAUGCAGCUACAGGAGCGGGACAUGAGACCAGUCCGGUCUGCCGAUGUGAACACUCACAGAAACUGGGACGAGAUCAUUGGCAGGUUUCCACAUGUGUGGAUGAAGAAGCACUGUGGCAAUCCAAAGCUGAGGGCUGAUGAUUACUCACUCAUUUUGGCUUGGCAUGUUCGGAUGUGACAAAGUGUAAAGCUGAUAAUUGUUGGAAAAGAACAACACAGCAGAAGGCCGGAGAAACACCCAACGUAACAGAGGGAGCUCCUGAAGACGGACAGAAUAGAGGAAAACUUUGUGCUUGCAGAAGAGUGGAGAGAGAUAUAUUAAAGGAAAGAGAGAGGCACUGGAGAUAUUCGGAGGAGUGAAGGAUAGAGAGAAGACAGAAGAAAAACGUGGCCAAGCAUGAGAGAGGAGGAGCAGUCUAAUGAUGACCACCCUGAGGAUGAGGGGGUUUCCAGCGAGGAGAACACGGGGAGGCCACCUUCUAACGCCUGUCCUGUUGUUGUAGCUACACCGGGGGUCACCAGGCGCAAACGGCAGACGGGCUCACAAACGGAGGAUCACGUUACAACAGUAACUCCCACCACAGCAGCACAUGACGGCAAGGUGAAGCCAGCGGAGGACAUUCAGAUUUACACGCUGACUGAAGCCAAAAGAUUUAAGAAGAGUCCUCAACAUCGGCCCCCUUCCUCGGGCCCAUCCCUUUCUCCUGGCCCCGGCGCUAGUCCUGGAGAUCUCUCGGCCCUUGAGGAUCCACACGGCCAGCGGGUGAUCGCCAACAUCCGGGAGCGCCAGCGGACACAAUCUCUGAACGACGCCUUUGCCUCGUUGCGUAAGAUUAUCCCAACGCUCCCCUCUGACAAACUGAGCAAGAUCCAGACCCUUAAAUUGGCAUCGCGCUACAUUGACUUUCUCUACCAGGUUCUGCAGAAUGACGAGAUGGACACUAAGCUGGCUGGGUGUAACUACCUGGCCCACGAGAGACUGAGCUAUGCCUUCUCUGUCUGGAGGAUGGAGGGGGCCUGGUCGACCAUGUCUGCUGGUCACUAGCCCUGCCUGAAAGCAAGGCUUGUCUUUUGACUGUUGCCCUAAUGACAGGGAAAUAUUCUUAUUUGACACAGAGGGCUGAGGUCAGAAUUGUGCCUACCAUUGGACUAUUCAACACCUCAGAUCAUCUGUUUGCCUCAAUGAUAAUAAAAAAAGACUGACACUUUAGUACGAGCCUUUGGACCAAGCUGAUUUUUAAGCCACUUUCCCCAUUUUCAUUGACGUCAAGCUAAAUAUCAGAUGCAUUCUUUUAACUAUAUUCUUUUGCUUGCCAAAAGCAACUUUUACUGCUAAAGUGUGCCAAUGCUGGCAUUCAAGAAACGUAUCACAAAAGGGACUCAGUGUAUGAUUCCUGGCGUUUUAAAGGAAUUUUUUUAUGAUGUUUGUACCAGUAAGAUCACAACGGAGGACAGGUGACAGAUAAAGCCAUCCAGACAACAUUUCAAUCAUUCAACGACCGGAUGGUUGAGGACGACCUGUCCUGUCAUCUGAGCCCUCGGCUUUCUCGGGUUCUGAAGCUUGACCUCUGGUUUCAUCCUUAUCAUCACCCUUGGUUUUAUUGCCAUAACUGCCAUCUUUAUCAUCAUAAUCUUUACUGUUGUCGUCAUAGGUAUUGAUACUUGAGACACAUUUAAACUUUGUUUCUGCUGGUUUGUGUAAUAUACAAAGUGCAACAACUAGAGAUUGCGAAAGAGAGAUUUGAGGAAAGUCAGAACUGAAAAAACUAAAUUUGAUGGUUUCAAGAGAGAUUGGUCCUUUGAUUUUUCCGUACCCUUUCAACUCCUACUUUUCCAAGACUCUGACAUGUCAUGAAUCUCUGACCACCUCUGAACCCAAGCAACAGUGGAAAACCUAGCCGUCGUCCUGACUUCAGUUUCUCCUCUUUAUACCCAAACCAAGCCCCUUUGUUUCUUCUAGUGCCAAAAAAAAAAACCUCUCCUCUUGAAAUUCUUUCCUCUCAUUCUGGCCCAAAUUUGCCUGCGUUGCACGAAACUGUGAUGCAGCUACAGCGAGCUGACGAGGAGGCAUAAUGAAAACAAAUGGUCUCGAAACGCCAUGAAUCAUGUGUGUCACCAUCAAAGGGGAGGCUGAUGUGGCUCCCUGCUGCGCUCCCAUAAACCACUGGAAGUGAUGGAGGAGCUGCUGAAUAAAGUGACUGUGAGCUUCCCUGUACAUCUCUGCUCCGCGCCAGCAUUACUGCUACACUAAUCAUAUGGACUUUGAUGUGAAUGGAACUUUUGAGUUACCUCACUUUAGGAGAAAAUGACUGUUUAAGAAUAUUAAAAGACAUAAUGAUCGGGAUGCAGACCGACAUGGGGAAAGAGGACAUUGCUGCACCAAGUAAACCAACGAGUCUUCUGAUUUAUUGAAAAUACAGAAAAAUACAGAAAUUGACGAUGCAAGUCAAGUUGGACCAGUAUUUUGUGUUUAGUUGUUUUGUUUUUCCCAGAGGUAUUAUUCUUAGGAAACUUAAGCAGAGCAAGGCUUUGUUUUUGAGGAGCAUUUACUUGAAGUAUAUACAGUGUGGUACUUUACAAAUAAGGAGUGACACUGAUACAGUAUGACUGAUUAUACAUAUCACAAGCAGAGAAAAUCCCUGGAGAGUUAGAUGUAGUGAUGCAUACAGCACAUUAAUCAUUAUUUGUCUGAAAAAUAAAACUUCAAACUAUU